AUGAUGAUGGAUGAGGCGCGCUCAUUCACGCGAUAUGACGAGGUCGCGAGGCGGGUAAGGGAAGAUACUCAAAAGGUCAGCUUCACAUUUACCACCAGCGGCUUCCAAACUUCCCCACCGACACUGCCUACUAUCAUGGCUAGGUUUACCACACUCUUAUUCCUGUGCGCCACUCCCCUCCUCCACGCGUCCGUCCUCCCCGCGCAAAACCUCCUCGUCCCCGCCUCGCCAUCAAACCACCCCUCCACAUCUAUACCCACAUCCACACCCAACGACGACACCCCCCUCCCUCUAAUAAUCUGGCACGGCCUGGGCGACAACUACGCAGCCUCCGGCCUCGCCGACGUCGCCGCCCUCGCCGAAGCCGUCCACCCAGGAACAACCACCUACAUAAUCCGGCUCGGCGACGACGCCAGCGCCGACCGCAGCGCGACCUUCUUCGGCAACCUAACGCAACAGCUGUCCGCGGUCUGCGCCACCCUGGCGGCGCACCCGGUCCUGUCCGUGGCGCCGGCCGUCGACGCGCUCGGCUUCUCGCAGGGCGGCCAGUUCCUGCGCGGCUACGUCGAGCGCUGCAACGUGCCCCCCGUGCGCAGCCUGGUCACCUUCGGCAGCCAGCACAACGGCAUCGCCGAGUUCCAGGCCUGCGCCCCCGGGGACUGGCUGUGUCGCGGCGCGGAGGGCCUGCUGCGCUCGAAUACCUGGUCGCCGCUGGUGCAGGGCCGGCUGGUCCCCGCGCAGUACUUCCGCGAUCCGCGCCGGAUGGAGGAGUACCUCGAGUUCAGCAACUUCUUGGCGGAUGUCAAUAACGAGCGGGCGGUGAAGAAUCAGACGUAUAAGGAGAACCUGAGCGGGCUGGAGCGGUUCACGAUGGUGCUGUUCGAGGAGGACGAGACGGUUAUUCCGAAGGAGAGCGGCUGGUUCGCUGAGGUUAAUGGGACGGAGGUGACGCCACUUCGGGAGAGGGAGAUGUACAAGGAGGAUUGGAUUGGGCUGAAGGCUUUGGAUCAGAAGGGGGCGCUGAAAUUCGAGGUCACGAAAGGAGGACACAUGCAGCUUAGUUCGAAGGUGUUGAGAAAGACUUUCGAGGCAAACUAUGGGCCGCUUGGGAGGCAGUUCGAUGCCGAGGAGGUGGGUGGUGAGGAUGAGGAUGAGGAGAGCUCUUGGCAGCUGGAACUGUAA